UGAGGGAUUGUACCGUAGUACAAUGUGUUUCUCUGCCGUCUAGAUCUAGAACGAUCUGAUAUUCGGUACCAGACUCUGACUUGGACUUACUGCAAACGUAAUACAGGUGCAAACAGGCUAGAGCUAGCCAGACAGCAGCACCCGGCGUUUCGUUAGGAGCUUUACUCGAGAAGAUCUCAACUCAACAAUGUCUACUUCAAAUUUCAAGAAUAAGUGUGUGACGCAAGUCAACUGUAUAUACUGUGACAAUCUGCUGUGUAUGAGAGGGAUGAAAGCAGUACUUUUGGCUGACACGGAAAUAGAGUUGUUCUCAACCGACAUACCACCAAAUAGGACAGUUGAUUUUGUGGCCAGCUGCUAUUCCACUGAAAGCUGCAAAUGCAAGUUAAGAGACAUUGCUUGUUUGAAAUGUGGGAAUGUUGUGGGAUAUCACGUGGUAGCCCCAUGCAAGCCCUGCUUGCUGUCCUGCAACAAUGGUCAUUUCUGGAUGUUCAACAGUGAGGCUGUGUCCACCAUCAAUAGACUGGAUGCAACAGGGCAGAACCUGCUGCUGUGGGGAGAUCUUCCAGAACUGGAGGACAGUGAUGACGAGAGCCUGGACAGUCUCUCAGAAGAAGAGUACCUCAGAUAGAAACACACGUCUAAAGGAAGUAGAACAUAAGUCUCCGUUUAAAGCACAUUGACUUAUCUUUAGCUGACUGGGAAUAGGCAAAAGGAAAGAAAAAAAAUCUUUACCCUCCCAGCUUGAUUUAUAUGCAUUUUUUUUCUGCAUUCUCUCACUUUAGUUUAAGCAUUUCAGAGUGCCAUUACCAAAAAAUGUUUCUGUUUUCUUUGCUUUACGGUUACAGUAGCACAAAACAUGAUGAUUUGAUUUAAAGAUUUAUGAAGUUUAUCCUCAUAUGUCUUUAUUCAGCAUUCAAGACUGUUCAAGAAGAUUAACAGCAGUGUUACUUUGGUGUUAAUAGAGUUUAUUUGCUCCGGUACAGAAGGCAGCCAAAUGUUCACCCAGCUAACGAUUUCUUUCCUAGAUAGAUAGAUAGAUAGAUAGAUAGAUAGAUAGAUUAGGAUUAACAAUCUUGCAAAUUUAUGCUGGUUCCACAAGGUGGUUUUAUAGGACGAAAAUGACUGACAUUUACCAUGUUUUAAUGGUUAACCAGUAUAUUUGUCCAUUUUUAAUUGAAUGUCACCUAUUGUCCCCCGAAGAUGGAUAUCAAUGGAUACAUGUAUCCUAAACGAGGCUUAAUCUUGUCUUUCAUCCGAUUAUUUUCUGUAUUUAGAUUUUGCUGUUUUCAUGGCUUUGACAUUUGAAGUGGCACAAAAUGAUUUGGUAACUUUGAGUAGAGAAGUUCGGUCUCAGCUCAGUGACAUUUGGCAUUUGAACAACUUUGAUUUAACAUUUUUAUCGAACUUUGCUUGGCACACUCUUUUCAAUAGAUGCAGUUUCAUGAUUUUAUUUUUUAUUUUUUUUGUAUAUAGUUUAAAAUGUGUUCUUUCUGUACUCCAGUUAUGUUUCACUGUUUGUCACCAGAGAAAUCAUGAAAAGAAAUGACAGAAAAAAAAAUCUGCACUUAAUUACUGUAAAUUCAUCAUGACACUCUGUGACAUACUGGACAAAGCAUUUUUAAGAUUUCUGAUUAUUUUCCAUGGAGGUAACAAAAUGAUUUGUGUCCUCUUCGAUUUUGAUUUACAAAGACAUGAAAUAGUCAGUCAGUAGCAGUUUUUUUUCACAAUCCUGUUUACCAUUUCACUGUGAUGAUCAUUUUUAAAUAUUUCAAAAAUAUGAAGGCUAUUAUGCCCCACUGUAAAUGUCUUGGCGUGACAUUUUAUGUCAUGUUGUAUUAAAGGUUGCAUUUUCAGUAAAAAUAACAGCAAAAGAAUAAACAACCACUAUUGUGAUAGCUUUCAGGUGUAGCAUUUUUAGGGGUUGGCUUUUUAUGCCUUGAAGUGAUCUUUAGUAUGCAUUUAUGACCAAAAUGAAACAAUGAAAAAUCUGUUUUGCAUUUUAACUUAUUAACAGAGGAUUUAUUUGAUUUAAGUUAUGUGUUUUGAAUGUAUUUAUUAACAGACAUGAUGCUGUAUUUAUACUGACAUGAUUUCAUUUGCGCCAUGUGAGGAUGAGAAAAAAAAUAAUUUGUAUACUUUUGAUCUGCGCUGACAAUAUGUUGUUGGUUUAAACUUUGGGUUAUUUUUUAUGCUGAAUGUCUUGAUAUUAAACCUUUUAAUGUGGA